CCCGAACCCGCCGCUCCUUGCGCGACCCCCGCGCCCAGCCACAGGCAGAGACGGCACUCGCUGUUUAUCCCGGGCAGAUCUCCUCGUGCAUCAGCUAAUUGGACAGGGAAAAGAUGAAUUGACAAGUCAAUGGUGAACUCUACUGAGAACGCACAGCAUCAUUAAUGCCCCCUGUGCUUCAGAGUCAUUUUGGAUCCAGAGCACUAGGCUACCUUUUCGAAAAGAUGGUUCUUCAUUUGAACUCGUUUUUUGGAUUCCCUGUUAUACUCCUGUACCAUUGGCUGGGAACAACUUUAUCUUUGAAUCUUGAAGAUCCAAAUGUGUGUAGCCACUGGGAAAGUUAUUCAGUUACAGUGCAAGAGUCAUAUCCACAUCCUUUUGAUCAAAUUUACUACACCAGUUGUACUGACAUCCUAAACUGGUUUAAGUGCACGCGACACAGAAUCAGUUACCGUACUGCCUACAGACAUGGUGAAAAAACGAUGUACAGACGUAAAUCCCAGUGCUGCCCUGGAUUUUAUGAAAGCAGGGAAAUGUGUGUCCCUCACUGUGCUGACAAAUGUGUCCAUGGUCGUUGUAUUGCUCCAAACACCUGUCAGUGUGAGCCUGGCUGGGGAGGACCCAACUGCUCCAGUGCCUGUGACAGUGACCACUGGGGACCUCACUGCAGCAGUCGCUGUCAGUGCAAAAAUGGAGCCUUGUGCAACCCCAUCACUGGAGCCUGCCACUGUGCGUCCGGUUUCAAAGGCUGGCGCUGCGAGGAGCGCUGUGACCAAGGGACGUAUGGAAAUGACUGCCAUCAGAAAUGUCAGUGCCAGAAUGGAGCCACCUGUGACCAUGUGACUGGAGAGUGCAGAUGUCCUCCGGGAUACACUGGAGCCUUCUGUGAGGAUCUCUGCCCCCCGGGGAAGCACGGGCCGCAGUGCGAGGAGAGAUGCCCCUGCCAGAACGGAGGCAUCUGCCACCACGUGACCGGGGAGUGUGCAUGCCCGCCAGGAUGGAUGGGCAUGGUCUGUGGUCAGCCUUGUCCUGAGGGUCGUUAUGGGAAAAAUUGUUCCCAGGAGUGUCAGUGCCACAAUGGAGGGAUCUGCGACUCAGCGACAGGUCAAUGCCAUUGCAGCCCAGGCUACACAGGGGAACGAUGUCAAGAUGAGUGUCCAGUGGGCACUUACGGAGUACGGUGUGCUGAGACCUGCCAGUGUAUGAAUGGUGGGAAAUGCUACCAUAUUAGUGGCGCUUGCCUCUGUGAACCAGGAUAUACUGGAGAGCACUGUGAAACAAGGCUUUGUCCCGAGGGAGUUUAUGGUCUCAAAUGUGACAAAAAGUGUCCCUGCCACUUGCAUAAUACCUGGAGCUGUCACCCUAUGUCUGGGGAAUGCUCCUGCAAGCCUGGCUGGUCUGGGCUCUACUGCAACGAGACAUGUUCUCCAGGGUUCUACGGCAAGUCUUGUCAGCAGAUUUGCAGCUGCCAAAAUGGUGCUGACUGCGACAGUGUGACUGGAAAAUGCACCUGUGCCUCUGGAUUUAAGGGUGCUGAUUGUGGUACUCCUUGUCUUCCUGGUACAUAUGGAGUAAAUUGUUCCUCUGUCUGCAACUGUAAAAACGAAGCCAUCUGUUCACCAGUAGAUGGUUCUUGUACCUGCAAAGCAGGUUGGCAUGGUGUAGACUGUUCAAUCAAUUGUCCCAGUGGUACCUGGGGUCUUGGCUGUAACUUAACUUGCCAGUGUCUUAAUGGAGGGGCUUGCAAUGCUCUGGAUGGAACCUGUACCUGCGCCCCGGGCUGGAGAGGAGAAAAGUGCGAACUUCCUUGCCAGGAUGGCACAUAUGGCAUGGAUUGUGCUGAACGCUGUGACUGCAGCCAUGCAGAUGGUUGUCAUCCUACCACGGGUUACUGUCGCUGUCUACCAGGAUGGUCAGGUAUACACUGUGACAGUGUGUGCGCUGAGGGACAGUGGGGACCAAACUGCUCGCUGUCUUGCUACUGCAAAAACGGGGCAUCAUGCUCUCCAGAUGAUGGAAUCUGUGAGUGUGCACCAGGAUACCGAGGCACCACCUGUCAGAGAAUCUGUUCCCCUGGGUUUUAUGGACACCGGUGCAGCCAGACAUGUCCACAGUGUGUACACAGCAGUGGCCCCUGCCACCAUAUUACUGGGUUAUGUGACUGUUUACCUGGAUUUACUGGAGCCCUGUGUAAUGAAGUAUGUCCCAGUGGCAGGUUUGGCAAGAACUGCAUUGGAAUAUGCACCUGCACCAAUAAUGGAACAUGCAAUCCUAUCGACAGAUCCUGUCAGUGUUAUCCUGGAUGGAUUGGUAGUGACUGCUCUCAGCCUUGCCCACCUUCUCACUGGGGACCAAACUGCAUCCACACAUGCAACUGCCAUAAUGGAGCUUACUGUAGUGCCUACGAUGGAGAGUGCAAAUGUACCCCAGGAUGGACUGGCCUUUACUGUACACAACGAUGUCCCCUUGGAUUUUAUGGGAAGGACUGUGCAUUGAUAUGCCAAUGCAAGAAUGGAGCCGACUGUGACCACAUCAGUGGUCAGUGUACCUGCCGCACAGGAUUCAUGGGGAAGCACUGUGAGCAGAAAUGCCCUCAAGGUACCUAUGGAUAUGGAUGUCGGCAGAUAUGUGACUGUCUGAACAACUCAACCUGUGACCACAUCACAGGAACGUGUUACUGUAGCCCAGGCUGGAAGGGGGCCAGGUGUGAUCAAGCUGGCGUAAUUAUAGUGGGAAACCUGAACAGUUUAAGCCGUACCAGUACUGCCAUCCCUGCUGACUCUUACCAGAUAGGGGCUAUAGCAGGCAUCAUCAUUCUUGUCCUGGUUGUGCUGUUCCUGCUAGUGCUGUUCAUCAUUUACAGACAUAAGCAAAAAGGGAAAGAAACAAACAUGCCUGCAGUGACCUAUACUCCUGCAAUGAGGGUCAUCAAUGCAGAUUACACCAUUUCAGAAACCAUCCCUCAUAGUAAUGGUGGAAAUGCUAACAGUCACUAUUUCUCUAACCCCAGUUACCAUACUCUGACACAGUGCACUACACCACCUCACGUCAACAACAUGGACAGACUGACCCUGGCAAAGGCAAAAAACAAUCAGCUAUUUGUGAACCUUAAAAAUGUGGAACCUGGAAAGCGAGGUACUGUCAUGGACUACACUGGAACACUGCCUGCUGACUGGAAACAUGGUGGCUACCUCAAUGAGCUCGGUGCUUUUGGACUUGACAGGGGGUAUUUGGGAAAAUCUCUGAAAGAUCUAGUUAAGAAUUCAGAAUACAAUUUAAGUAAUUGCUCCUUAAGUAGCUCUGAAAACCCAUAUGCUACUAUAAAAGACCCACCGGCUCUUGUACCAAAAAGUUCAGAAUGUGGAUAUGUUGAAAUGAAGUCACCAGCACGCAGGGACUCCCCAUAUGCUGAGAUCACCAGCUCUACUUCAGCCAAUAAGAAUGUUUAUGAAGUUGAACCAACAGUGAGCGUUGUUCAAGGAGCAUUCAGCAGCAGUGGACGUUUCAGCCAGGAUCCUUACGACCUUCCAAAAAACAGCCACAUUCCAUGUCACUAUGACUUGCUACCAGUUCGAGACAGCCCCACAUCCUCUACAAAGGAGGUUGGCAGUGAAUGACUCCAAAAGCUGAAGUGUAGCACAGUGGGACUCUCAGUGGGACAAGUGGCAUGGUUGUGCUCCUUUAGUUUACGAUCGUAUUUGGUUCCUAAUCUAUCCAGCAGAAAAUUGCCAUACAUCAAAAAGGAAUCUCAACAUGAGGUUUGUAUUGCGUAUAGAAGUGGCACGUGGACGAAUGCCACACUUGGGAGACCCUGAUUGUUCUUCUUUUUGGUGGCAGUUAAUUUUAUAGAAACAAGUAUGCAACACAUUUAUACCGUAAUAUACAGGCUUAAAAAACUUAGUUUGUAGAUCAGUUUUGGUAACAGAUCCUACUUCAGCUACUUUAAAUAUGGACUUCGUAUUUGUCAUGUUUCAGAAUAGAAGUACUCCCAGGACAGUAUAAUUUACCAAAUACCACUUCACACAGGUGAUUAGUUAUAUGGAAGAAAAACUGUCUUACCAAAUUUUACCUUUCAUUCUGAUCUUUAGUCAAGGCAUAUUAAGAAAGGAGAUCAGAUGAUGUAAGCACAGUUGUUUGGGAAGUCCAUCAUCGGACUUUUUUGUCCAUUACUGUUGGUGGGAAUAUUUUGAAUAGCUUUCAAGAUGAUAACAGCAUUGUGUACGUCAAUAUUAUAUAAUGCCUCAAGAUCACUGGGUACUCCAGACCCAGCACCAGUCCUCAGCAAAUAUUUGCUACACUUCAACUCCGUAUGUUGCUGUUCUGACCACUAUUUCUGCCAAACACAAUUAAUAAUCCAUAACAUAUCAGUAAUUAUUUCAUAAAAUAUGUAAAUUAAAUCAGUUUAUUUUUGUCAGCGUGGACUGAGUGUGUAAGGAGUGGAAAAAGGUGAUGAUUUAUGUAAACCUGACUUGCAAGGAAAGGUUUACAUUUUAUAAACAGGUAGUAAUAAUUACUGUAAUAUGGUAGGGUAAAAACAGUAAAAUGUUGUUUUUUUUCUUAGAAGUAACUAAGCAAUCUCUGUGCAUACUUGCUAAAAGGCACCUUUUUUAUAGUUGAUGUAGGGAAAAACAUGCUUAAGCUGGUCUUUUGCAUUGCUAAUAAUGUGACACAUGUACCCUCAUUUUUCAUUAACUUCUGUCUCAAUUUCUAAGCUGUAUGUCUGUAUUUCUAGUGAUCUAGCUUGUAAUGCAAAAAGUAUUCUACUGUGUGUCCAUUUUUUUUUCUUGCAUUUUUGCCAAGUGGCCUUUAUUUUGUCUGGUUAAAGAGUUUCCUCUGGGCAGAGGAAGAGGAUUAAAGUAAGGAUAAUGUCAUACUGAUACUCCAAAGGGAGGUUAGCAAUUACAUAAUAGUUUAUGAAAUGAUUUAAUUGGAAAAAUAAAAUAUCAAGGUGUUUUUGUUGGGGAUAAUUAUAAGAAUGCAGAAAAAAGUGAAAAAUCCGACUCUCAAUUUGAAGUUCAGAUUAUUCUGUUGACUGUGUGGAUGGAGACCAACCUUCCAGAAGACUCCUUUCUCUACGACUUACACAAUUCAUCAGAUUUGCCAAUGUAUCCUUCCACUGAAACAAGUGUUCUCUAAACAUUUUUAGGCAGCUUAAAAAUAAAAUUGGUUGAUAUAGACUGGACGUUCUCUUUCAGUGGAAAGAUACCUUUAGAAACCUAAAAGUCAUAUUCUCAGCUAUGGCAGUAUUAUCUCUAGCUGUAUUAUUUUCUAGCUUGCAGUCAUGCCAUCAGCUAAUGUGCUGGUCACACAACCCCAGUAGUCUCCUCCACUCUCCCUUGCUUCUAACUCUCUAGCUUGUUGUGAGGAAUUUUCCCCAUGGAUUGGUGCUUCCCUUGGGGGAAGGAUAUAGGUGGUUGCAUCGUAUGACAUAAUGGGAAGAAUAAAGUCCUUCUAGCCUUCUUUCUGCAGUAGGGCUACAUUUUGGCACAUGAGACCUGUGAUGUGAACAGGAGUUGAUAGGUUAAGAGUAUAGAGUGUAAAUGCAAAAGAAAGUCAGCUGAAUGAAAAAAAAUGAAAAAAAACUUUUCGAAAUAUUUUUGAAAAUGACCUCCAGACUUGAAAUGGGAACACCAUUUCUUUUAUUCCUUUAUCUCACCAGAACUUGUAUUUGUUGUCACUACAGUGUUGAUAAUUGAAAACUCUCCAUUCAGUGUUGCAAGUGUUCUCCAGCCUGAGAAAGUAUGUGCCUGUUUGCAGUACCCCCUAAUGUUCCUGGUUCUUACUGGCUAUAAGCACUGACUGCUUUUCAACUCCUUGCACAUUGCUGGUCUUCGCCAGCACAAAGAUUAAAUGCAAGGUUUCAAAAGCCAGUCACCAUUUAAUCCCUCCAUAUUGUCUGGAUUUGUGUGCAUAUAGGUACAUGUGGCACUAAUGGUACAUACAUGUGUUUGUACUGUGGGAAACAGAUUUUAAAAUAGAACCUCUUCUUGAAGCCAUGAGUAGGAAAUGCUGUAUUUGGCAAUUGUGAGCUCACAAACAUUAAUUUUCUUACUCUGUGUAAAAUUUGGAGACCUCUAUAGGUAAAUAAAUCCUCAUCAUAGAAACAGUUCUUUUUUUUUCAUAUGCAACAGUGAAUAGCUCAAUAAAUGAUUUUUAAUGUGUUUGAAAAUUUCCAGUAUGUCACAUAUCCUCAAGUGAUAUAUCGAGCCAAACAUUCAUGAGAAGAGAUGAAUUUUUGAUAAUAUUGCCAUUGGUGUAUGUUCUAAAUAUACACAUAAUCAAAAUCAGCCUUUCUGUAUGUGGGUAAAACUCCUGUUAUGUCGUCAGCUUCAGCUGCCUGAGCUGUAUUUGCAGUGCCUCUAGAUCAGGUAAAUGACUUGUGAAUUUACUUCAUCAGAUGAUACUUGGUAGAUGCAGAAAAGUGGAUUACCUGCAAGGGUAAUCCAAUUCUACUAAAUUGUUAUCCAUAUAGCAUUCAUUGAAAGGGAAAAAAAAAACCAACAAACACAUGGAACUUGGCAGUAAUAUCUCCUUUACGACUGUUAGGGAGGCUUGCUCUGGAGUGCACACUGCUGUCAAUUUAAAAGAGAUUCAAAACUCAAUCCUCCCAACUGUCAUAGUCCUUUUUGCAGAUUGUGCUGUGCUCUUUAAAGAACCUAAAUACUUUUGAACACCUAGACUAUACUCUGGUGGGAACUUAAUGAGGAAGUUGAUAUAAUAAUUUUACAAAUACUGACUACAUGGAGAAUUGGCUUCAUCACAGACAGGAGGGGAAAGAGAUGCAUUGUCUCUACAUGUUCACAUUUUAAGAGUGAUAACUAUAGCACUGAAAAUGGAGAUAGCUCACCUCUACAAAAUUAUUUAGUGGUUAAGUGCAAAAUUCUGCACGAAGUUCAUAGCUGAGUUUAAAGUGUGUAGUGAGUAUAAACAUUAGGUUUUAAAUAGUAUAGGCAUGUUAAUUCUAGUCACUUAGAAACAUAAAGAAACUCAAUGGCUUUCUACUUCAUCAAAGGUUUUUAAUGACGACACACCGUUACACAAAAAUGUUGUCCUCAUCUUUUUCUACCCAGAGAAUUCUCAUUAGUUUUAAUUGGAGAUGCAUAUGCAGAUUACAGGGGAAUGAAGAUGUUGUUGUACUUUCUGCUGAGACAAUCUGCAAAAUCAAGUUAAUAUUGAAAUUAAAUAAAAUAUUAAAGUGGGGAUGCAUAAUUUAAAAUAUAUUGAAUUUUCAAAGAACUGUGAAUACAACUGGAUAUUUUAAUUAGAUAUUUCCAAAUUAUAAUUCUUAUACUGAAGCUCUAAAAUCCAGACUGAAGAAUACACAGCUAAUUUUGACAAAAAUGCUUUAUAUUAAAGAUUGUAUAUAUAGUAGUUUAAAUGACUGAAAACAAAUGUGUGCAUGUUUAUUAAUUACUGUAUAGAAAAUCUUUCCAUUUUUGGUACACUUAAACUAGUGCUAGAGCACUGAACCUAACUCUUCUAUUUUCAGUUUUUUAGCCCACAAGACUUCAAAGUCUUUGAGAAGACUGAAUUGUAAUAUAUUUUUAAAGAAUACCUGUUGAGUAUGUCUGGCUUCUUUUCCUUAGCUGUAACAAAGAAAAGUGUUUUGUUGUUAAAAUAUAUCUAUUUUCCAGAGAUGACUGAUGUUCAUCAUUUUGCCCUUCACUACCAUUUAUUUCACUUCACAUACUUGUAGGUUAAUGUAAUAAAGUUUCUAAUGAAAGACGGGAAA